CUUUUCAUCUCCAAGGGCUGAUCAGAGGCAUGAGCUGCUCUCAUAUCAAAGAUAUAUCAAGCUCUCUGAGACCUCCGCGAGGAUCUGAGCAGGUUCAUCGAGAAGAAUGCACUCUCUGUUUUGAUGGCCAGGAUGAUUCAGAGGGUGUUCUGGUCUGUUUGCAAUGCUUCAAUGGAGGUUGUUUCGGUGAAGGACGACGACACGCCUUUCUCCACUUUCAGAGGUCCAAGCACCCUCUCGGUGUGGUCAUCAAACGUACUCGCAAAGAACCAAAGAAGAGGAACUCCUUAGAACCACCUUUGAAGAAGCUUGCCAUUUCAGCACCUUCUGACGAAGAGCUGUAUACCUAUAGCACAUCACUUCGUUGCUUCUCUUGCUCCUCAGUCGGCGAAGUGAUACAUUCCGAUGAUCCCAAUGUCUCGUCCACGGUGGCCGGUAUCAUGUCGGCUCUGUCAUCAGCUCAACAAUCCGAGGUCAAAGCUUGGGAAGAGGAAAUCUUGCCUUGCGAGCAUACCCUUACUCUGCAUCAAGAGCCCGUCAUCACCUCAGUACCUUCACAGUGCUCAUCCUGCGAAUUGACUUCUAAUCUGUGGUUAUGUCUCACAUGUGGCCUGGCGAAUUGCGGGAGGAAGCAGUUCGGAGGUGUGGGUGGCAACGGACAUGCUUUACAGCACUACAAGGAGACUGGUCAUAUGGUCGGUGUCAAACUGGGCACCAUUACUCCCGAAGGCACUGCGGAUAUCUAUUGCUAUGCGUGUGAUGAUGCCAGAUUGGACCCCGACCUUGCCACACAUUUGCACACUGUUGGUAUCUCGGUUUUCGGACAAACAAAGACGGAGAAAUCGAUGACAGAGCUCCAACUGGAACACAACCUGAAAUUUGACUUCUCCAUGACCGGUGAUGAUGGCAAGGAGUUGGAACCAAUGUUUGGUAAGGGCCUGACCGGUCUGAAGAACCUUGGAAACAGUUGUUAUAUGGCUUCGGUCUUGCAAGCUCUCUUCUCCCUUCCUGCCUUCCGCCAACGUUACUAUACCGAGACCGCCCUCGCCCACUUCCAAACCUGUGACAACCCUGUGCCCGCCUCAUGCCUCGAAUGCCAGAUGCUCAAACUCGCCGAUGGGCUCAUCUCGGGUCGUUACUCCCAUCUUGCCAGGCAGCCUUCACCUUCUUACUCCGACCUUGACACCAUGAACGAACCGCCGAAAUCCCAGGACGGAAUCAAACCUAGUCAAUUCAAAGCGUUGAUCGGCAAGGGACACGAGGAGUUCUCGACCAUGCGACAACAAGACUCUGAAGAGUUCCUGCAGCACCUUGUGACGCGUCUGCGAGCAGAGGCCAAGCGGCAAGGGAGGAGUGAGGCAUUGGAAGCCACCAACGUCAUAAAAUUUGGGAUGGAGCAAAGGCUGGAAUGUUCCCAAUGCAGGCGGGUGGGGUACAAGGUUGAAGCUGUCGACUUGGCAUCGUUGCCUGUACGAGCGACGGAGAAGGGCGUCGAUGCAGAGGGAAGAAAGCUGUGGGACAGGGUUCAGUUCACUGAAUGCAUCGAGGAUUUGUGUGCGGUAGAAGAAUUAGCGGAAUACGCUUGUGCGAACUGCGGUACGAAGGGGAAGGCACAGAAGUCGCUACGGUUCAGAACGUUCCCCGAUCUGCUGGUAUUUCAUAUGAAGAAAUUUCAGUUGGUCAAUUGGGUGCCUACCAAACUGGAAAUCCCUGUGGAUGUGCCAGACCGACUAAAAUUAGACCGAUAUGUGGGUGAAGGUCGUCAGCUAGGAGAACUAGAUCUUGAUAUGGACGCUCCUACGGCUGCUACUCCUGCGUUCAAUGCCCUUGCGCUUGAGCAGCUCGAGGCGAUGGGUUUCCCUACAAUUCGGUGUCAGAAGGCGUUGUUGGCUACGGGGAACGGAGAUGCCGAGAUGGCGAUGACAUGGUUGUUUGAGCAUAUGGACGAUCCUGACAUUGACGCACCUCUUGCCAACGCAGGGGUCUCGUCCGUUGCAGGCGGACCGGAACCUUCAGCUGAGCAAAUCGCCAUGAUCGCCGAAAUGGGCUUCACAUCUGCUCAAGCUCGCAAGGCCCUACGUCAGAGCGAUGGUAAUGCUGAGCGAGCCAUCGAAUGGCUCUUCUCCAACCCCACGGAUCCUGGUGAAGAAGCCCCCCUCUCCGGAUCCAUCCCCCAAACGGCGACUGCUCCAGAGGACUUUGGCGGAUCCAGUCGACUCCCCGCAGAAUACAAACUCAAGGCUUUCAUAUCACACAAAGGGCCCUCUCUCCAUUCUGGCCAUUAUGUAGCGACAAUCCGGCAACCUCAGGCGGGCUUGGAGGAGGAGAGUGAGGAAGAGUGGGUAUUAUUCAACGAUGAAAAAGUCGUCAAGGCGCCUGAGAAGGGAGGGGAAGAGAUGAGAGGUCUGGCUUAUCUGUAUAUCUACGAGAGAAUUUGAUUGACUGAGCUUAAGAUCUAUUCAUUGCAGAAUAGUGAGAACGAAGUAAAAGUACGAGUACGAAGUAACUACGUGUAGAGCAACGUCUAAAAUGCAUCGUUCAGAAAAUCG